ACCGUGAAGGCAGCGCGGGGUCGGCUGUGAUUUGCUGGCCAAUAGUGAGCUCCAGGUGCGGCCACGGGCUCCAGAGUGGCGUCACUGCCCGCGCGCGAACACAACAACGGAGGAGACGAUGGAAAACAAGCAGAGCCAGGUGCUGAACCUUGAGCGGGUGCAGGCUCUGGAAACAUGGCUGAAAACAACCAACACAAAGCUGAUCCAAGUGAACGGCCAGAGGAAGUAUGGAGGACCGCCUGAGGUGUGGGACGGGCCCACCCCGGGAGCCCGCUGUGAGGUCUUCAUCAGCCAGAUCCCACGGGACACCUAUGAGGAUCUGUUGAUCCCCCUGUUCAGCUCUGUCGGGCCCCUCUGGGAGUUCCGGCUCAUGAUGAACUUCAGCGGCCAGAACCGCGGCUUCGCCUACGCUAAAUAUGGCUCUCCGGCUGUAGCCACAGAAGCCAUCCGCCUGCUGCAUGGUCAUAUGCUGGAGCCCGGCUCCAGCCUCAAUGUCCACCGCAGCACCGAGAAGAGACACCUCUGUAUCGGAGACCUGCCGGUCUCCACCAAGCAAGAGGAACUAUUGCAGGUGCUGCGUGUGCUGGCGGAGGGGGUGGAGAGAGUGUCUCUGAAGGCGGGGCCUGGUAUAGACGGGGUGUCUGCUAUAGUCGCCUUCUCAUCCCACCAUGCUGCUUCCAUGGCCAAGAAGGUCCUGGUGGAAGCAUUCAAAAAGCAGUUUGCGUUGAACAUCUCGAUCAAAUGGCAGUCCACGGUGAAGCCGAACUCAGAGGAGCCACCGCCAUCACACAAACCUUCAAAGAGCCUCUUGCCAUCACCCCUGAAGGCGCCGCGCCACAUCCUGAACACCCCACAGCCCUCAGCUCAGCCUCCUCACCUGGCCUGUCCUCCAUCUGCCGCCCUGGGUUUCUGCAGAGCAGUGGGAGGCCCCACCACCCCCCAGCAGCCUUCCCCUCAGGGCUCCUCCACCUCCCUCUCUUCUUACCAGGGGCAUCCAGUGUCUGCAGCCUUCUCAUCCUCCCCUGUGAUGCUCCUGCGUAAGCUGUGCGAGGCAACUGGUGUUGGCCAGCCGCAUUAUGAGUUAUACUACAGCCACGCUGGGCACGAUGGAUUCCUCUACUUCACCUACAAGGUGUGUAUCCCCGGGGUGACGGAAGCCUUCGAAGGGCUGGUCAUGAUCUUGCCGGGACAUUCUGCCAACAGCAUGCUGGAGGAGGUGCGGCGUGCUGCAUCCCAGGAGGUCCUGCAGAGAGUGUACAAUCAUCAGCUGGUCUACUGACAAGCUCAUCUGUCAGUAAGUGCUACUCCUGCAGCACUAUUUGUUUUGUCCAUGAUGUUAUAUCCAAAAAAGCUGUUUAAUCUAAUAUGUAGUUUGUUGAUUUAUGCAUGCUUUUACUCUAGUAGCAGACUUGUUUGUCUUGUUUGAACUUCUGCAGUUUGUUUUAUGCAUGUAUUUUAGUGUGUGUUACUGUUGGAUUGGUUCCUCAUUUUAAUUAAAUGAGAUUUGAAAAGAAAA